AUGAAUGAUCCAAAUAUUACCAAACCUAAGAGACAGAGAAUUUUCAAAAAGAACUUAAACUUCACUGCAAACCGACGCCAAGCUUCUUUAUGUGGGGAAGAUGGUGGAUGCGAAGGAGAACGAUCAGAUCUGUGGGAUUUGUGGUUUGGGGAAAACGAUCAUCGUUUUGGGGUUUGUGGUUUUGGGGAAAACGAUCAGAUCUGUGGCAUGGGGGAGGUGACAGGUUGGGCUGGAACAAGAGAGGUGUUAAGGCUGGGAUAG